AUGUUCGCGUGGAGCCUGCGGCGGAAGCCAGGCCGCAAAGUUGGAUUUCUGCUGCUGGUUGUCCUGAGCUUCCUGGUGCUGCGCAGAUACCUACGCCGUGAGUCCGUCAGCUGUGACCGGGAGGGGACUCGCAGGUUGGACUGGAGAACUCUGAUCCCACUGUGGCUUCGACAUCGCCAGUUAGGACUCACUGCCGGAGUCCAGAACUUCAUGUUGGAAGACUCGACCUUCUGGAUUUUCGGGGGCUCUAUACACUAUUUCCGGGUGCCCAGGGAGUACUGGAGGGAUCGCUUGCUCAAGAUGAAGGCCUGUGGCCUGAAUACUCUCACCACCUAUGUUCCCUGGAACCUCCACGAGCCAGAAAGAGGCAAAUUUGACUUCUCUGGGAACCUGGAUCUGGAGGCCUUUGUGCUGAUGGCGGCAGAGAUCGGGCUGUGGGUGAUUCUGCGUCCAGGCCCUUACAUCUGCAGUGAGAUUGACCUUGGGGGCUUGCCCAGCUGGCUACUCCAAGACUCUGGCAUGCAGCUGAGAACCACUUACAAGGGCUUCACCGAAGCAGUGGACCUUUACUUUGAUCACCUGAUGUCUAGAGUGGUGCCACUCCAGUACAAACAUGGGGGACCCAUCAUUGCUGUGCAAGUGGAGAAUGAGUAUGGCUCCUAUAACAAAGACCCUGCCUACAUGCCUUACAUCAAGAAGGCCUUGGAGGACCGUGGCAUUGUGGAGCUGUUGCUGACUUCAGACAACAAGGACGGCCUGAGCAAGGGCAUGAUUCCUGGAGUGUUGGCCACCAUCAACCUGCAGUCACACGCAGAGCUGCAGUCGCUCACCACCUUGCUCCAAAGUGUGAAGAGAAUGCAGCCCACACUGGUGAUGGAGUACUGGACAGGGUGGUUUGAUUCGUGGGGAGGCCCGCACAAUAUCUUGGAUUCUUCCGAGGUUUUGCAGACGGUGUCUGCCAUCGUUGAUGCUGGCGCCUCCAUCAACCUCUACAUGUUCCACGGAGGCACCAACUUUGGCUUCAUCAAUGGAGCCAUGCAUUUUAAUGAAUACAAGUCUGAUGUCACCAGCUAUGACUAUGAUGCAGUGCUGACGGAGGCCGGAGACUACACGGCCAAAUACUCCAAGCUUCGAGACUUCUUUGGCUCUGUCUUAGGUACCCCUCUGCCUCCUCCACCUGACCUUCUUCCCAAGAUGUCCUAUGAGCCAAUGAAGCCUUCCUUCUACCUGUCACUGUGGGAUGCCCUACAGUACCUGGAGCCCAUCACAUCUGAAAAGCCCAUCAACAUGGAGAGCAUGCCAGUGAAUGAUGGGAACGGCCAAUCUUUUGGGUAUAUUCUGUAUGAGACCACCAUCACCUCGCCCGGCAUCCUCAGGGGUCUUGUGCGAGACCGGGGUCAAGUCUUCUUGGACACAGUAUCCAUAGGAUUCAUGGACUAUAAAACGACGCAGAUUAUUGUCCCCUUGAUCCAGGGCUACACCAUGCUGAGGAUCCUGGUGGAGAACCGUGGACGCGUCAACUACGGGGAUAACAUUGAUGAUCAGCGCAAAGGUGUAAUUGGAAAUCUCUAUCUGGAUGAUUCUCCCCUGAAGAAGUUCAGAAUCUACAGUCUGGAUUUGAAAAAGAGCUUGUUUAGCAGGUUUGCCAUUGACAAGUGGACUUCUGUCCCAGAAGUACCUGUGUUCCCUGCGUUCUUCUUGGGUGCUUUGCUUGUUGGUUCUGCUCCUUUUGACACCUUUCUGAGGCUGGAGGGCUGGGAGAAGGGCGUUGUAUUCAUCAAUGGCAAGAAUCUUGGGCGCUACUGGAACAUUGGACCCCAGAAGACCCUGUACCUUCCAGGUGCCUGGCUGCAAAAAGGAAUCAAUCAGGUCAUCAUUUUCGAGGAGAUGGUGUCGGGCCCAAUGAUCCAGUCAACUGAUAUCCCCCACCUGGGCAGGAACCAGUACAUUCACUGAGCCACAGCCCUGGCACCCCCUGCAAGGCAGCAGCAGGAGAGUGUUCCACUUCCCUGGUCAUUCAGACUUGGGUGGGCCGCUCAUCAGCACCUGCCCUGUGGGGCAGUGUUCUUCAGUAGCAAGCUCAGGGAGCCAAGGGACCACAAGUCUUUCCCUGGCCCAAGUUUAAAUCCCUAAAUGUAAGAGGACAAAAGAGAAGGGUAGGGUAGGUGGCUCAGAGGCCAGACUCUUCUGGGAGGACCCGACGGAUGUCUGCAGGGGUGGGAGUGUGCAGUUUGCCAUGAAAUGAGGGCUCUCAGAAAACAUGCUGCAGCUAGUUGGGCAUCACCUCCCACCCGGGAAGUCAAAGCCUCGCUGGUUGGGAUGUUGGACACAGCAGUACAUGUUCUGGUGGGUCUGGCCACAUCCGCAUGGCCCCUUUGUGGCUCUGCAGUAGUGUGUGUGUCACCAUUUUUAGAGGAUAGGGGAGGAGUGAAUGUGUCUCUUUGGAGCUGACUGCCUUUUCUUCACAACUUUCCC